UUUGUAUUUAAAAAAAUUUAUAUAUAUAUAUAUAAAAACUGUUGGUGUAAAUUUUGACAAAAGACUGGGUUUUGGUGUUUUGUGAAUUUUUUUGUAUUAUUUCUAUAGGCGAUUGUACUGCAACGUUUCCUAAUCAAAUUUGGGCCUUGGAGACCGGCCAUCCGUAGGAUGAACGAAAAUGAGUGUUGGCAUCACGACAUCCAGCUGGUGCGAGAUAGUCAUCCAAAGCUAUAUUCUCGCACACGCUGGUACCAAGAAUAUCGCUGGGAUGAACCCCAGCAACAAUAUUUAUGCCGCGGGUUUUGGGCGAUGCGUAAUUACGUUGGUCCUUCUGAACUAACCGAGGGCUUUGAUUCCACUAAGCUUCUGCAGGGAAAAUGGUAUGGAGACGGCUUUAAUCUCGUGUGUUCCAAACGGGCCCUUCCGGCGGUUCCUCCCUCCGUGGGAUUUCAGUCACUGAACAGGAUCAUGCGGUUGACGUUUCUGCAGAGCUUCUACUGGAGUCGCGAGGGAACGCCCGUAGGAGGCAGUCGAUGGGUGCUGUCUUAUAACAUCGAGCCAGAGGAGGAGUGGUGCAACGUUGGCCCAGAAGGUCUACUCCGAGAAGGGGAGUGGACAAAAGGCGGACGUGAAUAGUCUGGGUAGAGGGAACUACCUUGACAUUCCAAGAGUUAUUUUCAAAAAGACAAUUGAAAGAUUUUUAUUAUAUUACUUUUUUUUUAAUUUUCCUUUGAAUUAUUUUCUUCCCCUUUUUAGUUAGUCAUAGCUUUCUUUAAUAAUUUUCAUUAAAAGAUUUUAUGAACUAAUCACAUUUU